UUGUAAUAAUUGUUUUUCUUUCUCAAUGGUUCAUGCUGAACAGGUUUGGGGAAAAAAUCCAUCUUGAAUAUUUAGUGAUCGGCCAAAGAAGCUGGGGAAGCCACGCUUCCUAACUGAGGUGCGACGAGGGCGAGAGUUUAAAAAUUCGACAGACAUGCGCACAUGGCUUCGGGUUCAAGGGAAUGCGCCAUAUUGGGUCGCCCUGGUGUUGAACACUUUAUAGUAGCUAGCUAGUUGCUAGCUAUUUAGGAUUAGCGGUGCAUAAUCCAUUUUAGGUCGUAACAUUUCCUUAAUUAUUAUUAUUAUUUUUUUUAAAAAAACGUGGCUUACUUGCGAAUUAAGAGCAGCUUUAAUUUAUAAAGGGAUUCACUGAAACUGGUUUUGCAAAGAGAAGAAGAAGUUGAAUGGAUCCGAGGGUGGCUUGGAUUCAGCCCGAGCAGAAAGGACCCGCUAAUGCCUUAUGGAUGCAGGUGUGGAGGACCUCUCAGGAGAUCCGACCCGGCUCCGCUCAUCUGCUGAACGCGCAGCACCUCUGCGUCAACCUGCCAGCGCUGGACCCCGGCACAGCAGCCGGCAAGAGCGGCGUCCACCGCGGCUAUGUCAACAACAGCUCGAUCCCCCCCUUCUGCUUGUCAAACCGGGACUCUCACACCUCCCCCGCGCCCUUGCCGUGCGACGGUGGCGACGGGUUAAUGGUGGACUUCGGAGAGGGGAAGGUGUUGCACAAAACCGGCUCUGUGUCGUCUUCGUCGUCCUCCUCCUCCUCGUCGUCCUCGGUGGAAUCGGGAGCCGAGAGCCCGUCGACGGGCUCCUCCGUAAGGACUAACGGCGCCUGCAAGGCGAGAGCCUACGGCGGCACGGAGCCGCUGUUCGACUUCGCUGACAGCUCGUCCGGCUCGAGGCGCCACGCGCACGGGCACCCGCCCGACUGCCAGCGGGAGCGCCAGCGCCACGCGGCGGCCGCCGCUCUCGCGCUGCCCGGCCACGGCCAUCAGCACCAUCCCGGCCGGAGGAAAAGCGACAACAAGGCGAGCACGUACGGCAUCAACUACCUCCUGUCUGGGGCGGCCGACGGGAGCGGCGCCUACUCUGGGACGCCAUGGAAGACCAAGAUGUACAGCCCGGGCGUCAAUGGGCUUCAUGAGGAAAUAGUGGAUUUCUAUGAAUUCAUGACUGCAUGCCCAGAGGAAGCAGCCAUGCGGAAGGAAGUGGUGAAGAGGAUAGAGACGGUCAUCAAGGACCUAUGGCCCUCAGCAGAUGUCCAGAUUUUCGGCAGCUUCAGCACCGGACUUUAUCUUCCAACCAGUGAUAUUGACCUGGUGGUCUUUGGGAAAUGGGAGCGCCCCCCUUUACAGCAGUUGGAACAGGCCCUGCGGAGGCACAGUAUUGCGGAGCCCCACUCCAUUAAAGUGCUCGACAAAGCCACGGUUCCUAUCAUAAAAUUAACAGAUCAGGAGACUGAAGUCAAAGUGGAUAUUAGUUUUAAUGUGGAGACUGGAGUGAAAGCCGCUCGAUUUAUCAAAGAUUACGUUAAGAAGUAUGCUGUGCUGCCUUAUUUAAUUUUAGUGUUGAAGCAGUUUCUACUCCAGAGAGAUCUGAAUGAGGUUUUCACUGGGGGCAUCAGCUCUUACAGCCUCAUUUUGAUGGUCAUUAGCUUCUUACAGUUACACCCACGCAUCGACGCCAGAAGCCCCAACAUUAACCUCGGCAUCUUGCUUAUUGAGUUCUUUGAAUUCUAUGGAAGGCAUUUUAACUACUUGAAAACUGGCAUUCGGAUAAAGAAUGGAGGUGCUUAUAUUGCCAAAGAAGAAAUCAUGAAAACGAUGACCAAUGGAUACAGGCCUUCGAUGUUGUGCAUUGAGGAUCCUCUAUUGCCAGGAAAUGAUGUCGGCCGGAGUUCCUACGGUGCCAUGCAAGUGAAGCAGGUCUUUGACUAUGCCUAUAUUGUGCUGAGCCACGCCGUCUCCCCACUUGCUCACUCAUACCCCAACAAGGACAGCGACAGUACUUUGGGACGCAUCAUCAAAGUGACCCAGGAAGUAAUUGACUACAGGGAGUGGAUCAUCAAGAAGUGGGGAGGCAAGAACCGGGUGCAUUUGGACAGCUCUGUCCCUGUUCUGAAGGAGAGCGAGCAGAUGGUUCCCAGUAGCCUGAGCAUCACCAUGGAGCAGCAGAGGGAUUCGGCAUCUCCGAACAGCUCCGACUCGCCCAUGUCUAUCUCCAGUCCCCAACAACACUCCUCUGCUUCCUCCGCCUCUUCCGUCUCCUCGUUAUCCGGGAGUGACGUUGACUCUGACUCGACACCCUGUUCAGCCUCCAACGCUGCCCCAUUUCCAAUCCUCACGCUGGCCACCAUGCCAUCGUCUCUGCCGAUGCCGGAUGGAAAGUCAAACCUUCCCGGGACAUUGAUUAUGUCUUCCAGAUCCCAGUCCCGAGUAUCCAUACCUAGAAACUUAAGCCUCCAUUCACUGCCUGGCAGACAGGUUUGUAUAGAAGGGGCACUUCCUAUGAAUGCUGUCCUACAAUUGCCCCCUCCUGCUGCCCCCCUUGCCUCCCCCAGUCCUCUGCCAAGUCCCCAUCUGCACCACAAGAUCCAGAAUGGGCCAAAGUAUUCAGUUAAGGGACUUCACAAUGCAGACACCGUUCACAGCCCUGCACUCAGCAACCGGGCCCACUUUCAGUACAACCGUAACACAUGGCGACGGAGGAAGCACAUGCGGGAGAGCCUACCUGUAAGCCUCAGCAGAUGAGGUCCCGCCCUGCGUCCACUCGCCGCUCUUCCCAGCACCAGGACGUGCACUGAGACCAGCAUUUACUGCUGCAGCAUGUAGGUAGCCCUGCUGCUCCCUCUGCAGCUAUAUCUUGCAUGUUACGUGUAAAGAGAUCAGGAAAAAAAGGAGAAAAGAAAAAAAAAACAAAAAAAACUUUUUGAAAAUUGUUUAGUGCUCAUUUUGUGAGAAAUAUUUGAAUGUAGUUUUUUGUUUUACAUGUCAGUUUUUUUUUUUUCCUCUGUUUAUUUAUAUUUUUUGUUCUAUAAGAUGCGACACAAUCUGUACCUUUUUGAUCCAUUUCGAGUUAUGGGAGACAGUGUCUCUGUUUAAAAACACUCAUUUUGAAAGGAGCCAUUAUUCUUUUACCUGGAGCCAGUUAUGCCUCUGUCACUGCCUCUGCUUCUUUGAAGGACAGUAGCAUGUCAUUGUGGCAAGUAAACAUGCCACAAUCUCUCAAAAGAACUUCCAUUCAUUUGUGCAAUAAUUUUCUUUUAAUUUAAAUUUGGAUUGAGGUUUAAGUUGGUUUUUUUUGUUUUUUUUUUGAAGAUUUUUAUUUUUCUUUUUUUUUUUUUCAUCAAGUUUACAAAUCCUUUCCUACAUUGUGUUCGCAGGUAUUUUAAAUCGAGCUGUACGGUGUAUUUUGAGUGAUUGUAGUACACAGACUCCCCUUUAUAAUGACACUAGGAGCAUGGAUGAAAAGGUACACUUAAACGGUCAUUUUCAUCCAUAAAAAUGUCUGUUUUCCCUCAGUAGAUGGAGCUGUUUGUAAAGGACUAAAACUGGAUGUGGCGUGCCAAGGUCUGCUGAUUUUAGUCAGCCCACAGACAUCGUUUGUUUUAAUCUUGUCUUCUUGGAUACGUGUGACUGACACCCAUCAAAGGUUUGAUCAGUCGUUUAACUUUUUUUUUUUUCUUCUCCAGGAAGCUAUUAGGUUUCAUCAGACAUGCUCCUUUUAAUCUGCUGAGGCACUAGGUGCUGCUGUUCUAGGUUUCUGGGACCUGGAAAAGAGAUAUAAGGGUUUUUUUUUCCCCUUUAAUUUUCCUGCUAAUUGAAGCACCCAACCCAAAUUUUAAACGAAAGUUCAGAGAAGGGGAGUCAGGUAAAGGUAUGGCGAAUUAGGAACAAACCUUACACCAUUGUUAAUUUGUGUAAUCUGUGUUUAUGCAAGAUGCCCCAUUUAGCACUUGCUGUCUGGGUGCCCAGUUAACAGAAUUAAGGAGAAAGGAAUUAUUUUGAUUCCAUUCAGGAAUCUAUAUAAUGGUAUGUAUUCGUUCUGUUAAGAGCAACGCAUUCAAAUGAAUGAUGACCAAGUACUUGUAUGCAUUGUCUGUGUUAAACUUUUUGUUUCUGUAUUGCAACAUGUUGCCUACUUAUGGUACAUAGCACAAGGUAUUUUGCUUUCUCCUUGUAUGUUGCCAGUGCCUACAGAUAUACUAUGCAAAUUGCUCCCCCCGAAAACCACUGCUGUGUUUAAAAGCCAAUAUGACCUUGACCUAAAUUUCAAAUUUACAAUUGCAAAAUGAUGGCACUACAUUCAGUGUGGUUUU